CAGUGGUUCGGAGAGAGUGAGAGGAGGAGGGUGUUACUGUGUUCUUGUGCAGUGAAGUUUUGCAUCCUCUCGUGUCCCUGUAUUGGGCGGUCUUUGGUAUUAAUUAUCGUGGUCGUACAAAAGAGUGAUUCAUGGUGAAGUACAAAGUGACCUAGUGGAUUUUUUACCUUACCAGUGGAUUUAUAAUUGGACUCUGGAGUAAGACCAUGAACCAAGACUGGUGAUGGUGUGUGCGGCCACCGCCCCGGGCCCGGGCGUGGGCGUGGCGGCACUGCCCACCCUGGCACUGCCCAUCCUGACAUUGGCGGGCAUCUUACAGGCGGUGGUGCCUCGAGCUGCCGCUUCAUCUAUUAGCGCUUCCAUCGUUACUGACUUCACGCCCAGGAGCAUCACUUUGCCAGAUGAGUUGGAGUCACAAGUCUUCCCGGGAAACAGAAGCGAAGUGGAUCAUUUUCGACUUUUGCAACGGGACGGCGAUUCUCUGCUAAUAGGAGCAAGAAACAUCGUGUACAACAUCAGCGUCCACAACUUGGUGGAGAAUCUUAGUCAGAGAAUAGUGUGGUUCUCCAAGCAACAUGACAGCUCCGUCUGCUUCAACAAGGGCAAGUCUGUGGACGAAUGUCAAAACUACAUCCGAGUGCUGGCCAAGGAGGGCGAGGGGCAGUUCCUGGUGUGUGGAACCAACGCAUACAAGCCCCUGUGUCGCCAGUACGCCCAGCAGGCGGAUGGCAGCUUCAACUUCACCGAGCAGAACGGGGCUGGCAAGUGUCCGUACGACCCGCGGCACAACUCAACUUUCGUCUACGUGGAUGGCGAACUCUACUCCGGGACUGUUGCGGAUUUCCAAGGUACAAUUCCGCUCAUUUUCCGACAGCCCCUGAAGACAGACCACAAUGACUACAAUCAGCUCAACGCCCCGGAUUUCGUGCACUCCUUUGACUACGGGGAGUUUGUGUUUUUCUUCUUCCGGGAGACUGCCGUAGAGUACAUGAACUGUGGCAAGCGUGUGUACUCCCGAGUGGCGCGGGUGUGCAAGAGGGACCGAGGCGGAGGACAGGCGCGUUUCAAGUCCUUCUGGACCUCGUUCCUCAAGAGCAGACUUAACUGUUCCGUGCCUGGGGAGUACCCGUUCUACUUUGAUGAGAUCCAGUCGACCACGGAUGUCAUCUCUGGAGUAUAUGGCGACGAGAGGCAUGAGCUGAUCUACGCAGUCUUCACCACGCCCUCCAACUCCAUCCCGGGGUCAGCAGUGUGCGCCUUCUCCAUGCGUGCCAUCCUGGACACCUUCGAAGGGGCCUUCAAGGAGCAGGAGAACAUGAACUCCAACUGGCUGCCUGUGAAGCCUUUCGAGGUUCCAGACCCAAGACCAGGCAGCUGCGUUGAGAACAGCCAGACCUUGCCGGAGGACAACAUCAACUUCGCCAAGUCUCACGCCCUGAUGGAUGAGGCAGUGGCAGGUUUCUUUGGUCGGCCACUCCUCAUGAAGGCUUCUUUUGAGUAUCGCUUCUCCAAGAUAGCAGUCGACCCACAAGUUACUUUCCUGGACGGCAAGACUGUAGAUGUUCUCUUCAUUGCCACAGACAAUGGUAUCAUAUUCAAGGCAAUCAACACCCAGGCAUCACCAGGCACAAGUAGCAUCGAGCCUGUGGUGAUAGAGGAGAUCCACGUGUUUGAGGAGCCAGUGCCUAUCGUGAACCUCCAGAUUGCCCACCAGAAAGACGGCAAGAGUAAACUGAUCAUCAUCACUGACGACGAGGUGAAGUCUAUCUCACUCCAUCGCUGCCAAAGAGCCACCACCUGCAGUGCGUGUGUGGGACUGCAAGAUCCUUACUGUGCCUGGCAUGACGCACACAGCCGCUGCGGUCCACUAGAGCCUCAGAUUGCCGGCCCCAUCUUCCAGAAUGUUUCUGGCUACCAUCAGCAGUGUCCAUACAGCACCGACAGUGAAACUUUGAACCCUCCCACGCAGAUACAGACAACUGAGGCCCCAAGCCCUCCAGAGGUUGAGACGUGUGCUCCCUGUGUUUGUCCUGAGCCUUCCUCUCCACGUCCGCCUCCUGUUACCGAUCCUGUGCCCACGGAGGGACCUGUGGAUCACUCAACCAUUUUUGAUACUCUGCUUGAGGAGGAUGAGACAUCCCUCGAGAGUAAUAAAAUUCCCCAGCUGCCGCCGGCUCAGGAAAACAAUAAACGCUUGGGCGGUGUUCCAAACAGUGUCCCUCAAGAUCCUGACCUGGCCAAUGAUAUCCUGCUGGACUCCAUAGGAAGAGAGACAAACCAGGAUGUUGGAAUAGCUUAUGCUGAAGGCGGGAUCACGGGUCCCGUGGUUGGAGCAUCACUUGAAGGUCCUCCCAUCUACUCUGCCGAGACGCUUGCCAUUGCUGUCACCACAGCCUGUGUGGCCGCUCUUGUCAUUGGCUUCAUCUCUGGCUUCCUUUUUUCUCGCAAGUGCCGGGGGGACGAGUAUGCUCACACUUACUCAGAAACUCCCUACCUGGACUCAAAACUCAACAAGAGAGACAACUUGGUACCUGCGGCGGACCCAAACAUGUACACGGCCAACAACAAGCACAUCAACAACCUGGUGACCAACUAUAACCCAAAAAACAUUAAUGGCAAGUCCAACACCAACACCACCACGGACAGCAAGCUGCUCAAGCCUGCCAAGUGUGCCUACAUCUGAACCACCAGGGAGCGUUGAGCCUGUUGUUGGCCCAAACCGUUUGUAUUUCAUUAGCCUAGCCAGAGUGUACGAUCACUGUUGCCUGUUCAUUGCAUGGCUCUGGGGUUGUCCUGGAAGGAGUGUCUGUGUGCCGAGACACAGAGGCUUGCUACCCCACAACACUGUGUUCCUUUUCAUUAUUUGUUGUGGAUGACAUGGAAGCCUCAAGCUAACUUCUCUUUAUGUGAUGACUGUGGAUGAUCAGUGUAUGCUUGUUACACACUUGUAAAGGCUAAGUUAAUUAAAAAAAUGUAUAUGAUACUUCAUUUCCAGUGGAACAUGCACAUAUUUAAAGUAUAUUCCACAAAGUUACAACCAUGUAGAGUGGAAGAAAACAAGUGAAAAAGACUUAGUUUAUGACAACAGAAAACCUCUGCUUGUGUUUGGUGGAAGUGAUGUGAUAUGUGAUGGACACAGUAUGACACAAGCCCAACAUUCCACUCCAGCAGUGACUGUGAAGGUGAUGGCUCAAGUAAGUGUAAAGGAACAGAAUGGCAUCAGUUGUUAUGGCAGUGUUUGAUAUUAAUGAAAACCAAUGUCUCUGAUGAACUGGCAAAUGUGUGAGCAUUUUAUAUUUUGUUAUUGUAUAUUUACAUAACUGUAUUCUCUUUAUUGCAAGGUUAUGUUACUGAGGGGAAGCUAUAAACCAGCAGUGUAACAUUGUAAUUUGAUAGGAUUAUGGUGGCAGUCAGGCCAACCAGGCCAUGUUAAUAAAAUACAUAAUGCAGUGUGAAAACUGCAUUAUAGAUAACAACAUAUGUUGUGGUGACACAUGCAUUUUUAAAAGUUUAUGGCAUGACACACUGGAGAAAAUUCCCAGGAAGUUCUAAUUUUUGACAAUUUAUUUAGAAAUUAUUUGGAAAAGUGAAAAUUAUUUGAAUCAACAUACAAUCACUCUUCAUUCUUGAGAGAAAUUAAGGCAACAUCACAAUUUUUAGAUUGAGGGAUAGAGUUAAUGAAGUGCAUUUUUGACAGCACAUAAACUAGUCACAUGGCAUGAAGCCUUUCCAAGACCUAGUUUACAAGUCCAUCCCUCCCAAUACGUGGACCUGCAGCUCCCUGUGACUGUCACUGUAGUGAGCAGCUCCUUAAUGUUACCUAACCACCUGGUGGCAAGGAUAGGCCAGAUAGAUAGCUUAAAUUGCCCUGUCACACUCCACCGCGUGCAAACCUCACCGCUGUAUAAACUAGCCUGCAGGUACACCAUGACCUAUACACAUAGUGUUAUCCAAACUAUAGCAGUUGUGUCAUUCAUAUGUUGACUCCCUUGUCCAGAAUGGAUCACAUGUGUUUCCCACCGAAGUACAUGUAAGGCAAGUGGCAGCGUGGGUGUUAAUAGUGUGAGUGGUGGGGGAGGUGGUGUGACAGGAGAGAAACUAAUGUGUGUUGGUCCAAAAAAUUUUCAUAUUUCUGUUGACAUUAUGAAUUUAUAAUUGGUUUUGAAGGGCUCUUUAUGAAAGAUCAAGGAGGCUAUUUCUUCAAAAGUUCAUUUGACACAAUCAUAUUGUCUGAAAAUAUUGAUUGACAAUGUCACUCCAUUGGUCAAAUACGUAUGGAAACCAUCUUCCUCUUGUGAAGAUGCAACACAUUGCUGGAAAACUGUGGCAGCUAAGCAAUGUACAUGUAUUUCCCAUCAUAUGAAAACCAUAAUACAAGCUGCCAACAUAAGAGUGUAAGUGCCACAAGUAUUAAUAUUGCAACCUCAUUGUAAUCAAAACCAAGCAUUUUUAUAGGAAUCAGAAAGUAAAAUAGCUUCCUAUAUUUGUUUCUGUUCACAAUGAUAAAUACCUAAUUUUAGUUUUACAUUGCUGACAAAUUAAGUUUGAUUAAAACUUUAAACUAAAUUUCAUGAAGGAGUCACUGCUGUGCUCCUGCCACACCAUGCUGUGUCUGGGGAGGCUGACAAGUACAUCAUUUAGUGCUGGCUUGCUGUUGCAGCUUUUGUUUUUAAAUGGCUAUAUGCAGAGAUCUUUGUUUAAUGUCUGUCAAGAAAACAUCAUUCAUCAAAGAUCAAGUAUUUUAAUUUCAAUAAUGUGGGAGUGAACUAAGGAACACACAAGUGUCAGUCAGAAGUGCAUAAGUGGAUGAGACAGUGUCCACUUUUGUAUUGAAGUCAUUGCUGUGAAUGUAUUCCUUGGCUAACACUUGAAGCAGUUAUCUGUGGACUCGGACGGUAUGGUGAUCCAUUAUUAAUGUGGAUGUAGCAGCUGGGUGUGAGGCUCCCUGCUGCCUGGCAUCAGCUUUACCUUCAUCGGUUCACCUACCAAUUAAAUUAUGGCAGCCAGAGAUGUUAUAAUUCAGCAGAACCAGUGGGCCACUGUUUAUUCAAAAUCUGUUGUGGUCAAGAGCCACCCAAGACACACACAUAGACUCAAGUAAAGCCUAUAGUGUCGUAAAAUUAACCCAGUGUUAAGUUCUAGCGAUCUAUGGCAUGUGGGGAUGAGGGAACCCAGGUUGGUAAAGUCAGUGAGAUGUAUUUGUAUGGCAAAUGUAGAAAAGGUGCUAACCAAUGCUGCAUUUUGGCAGAUGUAAUUUUGUACUGCAUGCAUCCCACCUUAUGAUUAUUCAGUAUUACUAUCCUGUUCUUGAAUUGACAAUGGGUAACUGCUGAAGGUCAAUUAUUGCCUGAAAAAUGUUAUUUAGUAAUGCAAAGAAAGUAUUGAUUAUGAUAAUCAUCCUGCCCUAUCAAGGAAAAUUAUAGGAAUCAGCGUAGGUGCCUAUCUACAUAUAGCUCCAGAAAAUGGUAGGUGUUGCAUCCAUAUAGAUGCCUUAUGAUACUAUGUCUGUAUAUGUCGCCCUGAAUAUCUGUACAUUUACUGUUAUAUUGUACAUAAGUGUGUGUAAGGUGCUGGUGUCCUGAGUGUUGAGGGCAGGUGGCAUGUAUGAGUGGUGAGUGUUAGUGUGUGGAUGCUGGGAGGCAAUGCUUGCUGCUGAGCCUCCCUGGUGGCCCUGAGGCUGGAUCAGAGGGACACAGGACAGCACUCCCCUGAUGUGGAUCACCUUCCACAAACACUGAUCAUGUAAUCUUUUUCUUUUUUUUUUAUACAAUUUUUGUUUGGCCCAAUGUGUACGAUGAGUGGUUGUUUGUGUAUAUAUUACUGGAGUGUGUGGAUCUGUAUGUGUGCAUGCAUGUAUGAAUGUAGGCCAUAUACAAGUGUGCAUGCAGAUGUGUUACAAAAUUAAACAAAAAUAUAACACUGAAAUACCAUAUAAAACUAUAUUACUGUUUGUGUAAACUCACAUUAUAAAAAACAGUAAUAACUACCUUUUAAGUAUUAUACCAGGAAUUCACUGUGUCACACUUGCUCUCAGUUAAGAAACUAAGCUUUCAUUUUAUUUAGCUGAUGAUUUGACAGCUUCUAACUGACUUGCUUUCACCUCCCACGUGCUUCCGUGGGACACUCACACAUGCUGUCACUGCCGGCGCUGGGCCCAACACUCUCAGUAUACAUGUACUCACUUAUUCUUGUUCCUCAUUUGUACUCACUCUAUAAAAGGAAAAAACUCAAUUUUGUUAUAAAGUGUACUUUUCCAGGUAUAUAUUGAAUUUGAAUUAGGGUGAAUUUAUUUUAUAGUAGCAAAUUCAUAACACUAAAUUUUGACUGAAUUAUAGGAAGCAUCAUCUCAGGAACAUGGUGCAUCAUUAUAGAGAGAGAUUGGGUUUAACAUUAUGAUUACAUAAAUGGUAAAUGAGAAGUAAGUGUAUAUUGAGAGAUGUACUAUCCUCUUGCCUUUGAAUGGAGUCUUGCUGUGGUGGGAGUGGAUGGCUUUGAGAACAGGUGACAGUCUCCUCUGAUAAGUAAUGAGCCUCCACACCACCACCAGGAAGCUGAUGAUAAAGCGAUAACUUAACACACACUUGCAGCUCCAUCACUGAGGCAUCAGGAUACACGAUGCCUUGCAGCCGGGUCAUAUGGUUUUAGCUAUGUUGAUAUUGUAGCAUUUCUAUGUUUUGUUUCCUUUUCCUUCUUUUCUGCUGCCAAGAUCAUCUCGCCUACACCUCUACGCCCUCAUGUCCCGAGGCUGUAAAUCGGUAACGUUUACAACUGUGUAAAACUUAAAAGAAAGACGUUUAAUGUAAUCUUAAUUAUAAGUAAUUUUGGACCACAAGUAUCAUUUAGCCUGACAAAUAAGUAGUGCCUUCAUAAGAAAGUUGACAUGUUAGGAGAGCCAAGGCUGUAGAAAUCUCAUAUAAAUUGUUGUUUGUUUGGGUGAGAGAUGUUAUUUUUGGAAGUAGCCAGUGCAAUAUUGGAUGAUUGGUAGUGAUGUAAUGCCAUUCAAAAUAUUUAGACCAUUCAUUCAGUGCUAUUUGAUUGGUUCAAGUUAUAAUAUUUAAGCAAAAACUAAAAAGUCUUGAGACAAUAUGAUCUAUGUAAACUAUAUCAUCCUUUUUUUUUUCCUUAUUUUUUUAUUUUUAUUGUUAGACCUAUUCCUUUUUUUCAAAUGUUGAGCUGUAUGGUUUCAUCACAUGGCAUUUCUAACCUGUGCCCUGCCCGUCCAUUGCCACAUUGUGCGGGCAUUCUUGAACCCGUUUAGAUCAGGCCCACCUAAUCAGUGCUCAUUGUCAAAUCUUCAGUCUUAGGCUAGCUCUGUACAUAUAUAUAAUUUUAAUUAAUUUUGUAUAUUAGGCUGGUCCCCUCCAUGAAUAACCAACUUUUUACUCUACUGUAAAUAUUGCCCCAUUACAUAAACUAUGCAAAAAAUUUGUAAUAAAAUCGCAACAAAGA